CUAUUUAGUUAUAUUUCUAUGUGAACCUGAUCCUGGGCUUGUGUCAAACAGCCCCCUGUUUAUAUACCAGUAGCUCAGAGAAAACUGACACAGAAGCACACAAACUGAGACGAGAGCCAUCAGCGUGAGCAGGACAAGAAACGGCAGUAAAAGGAAAUACAUCAAAGGCAUAAUGAAGAUACUUUUUAUUGGAUUAUAUUUUGCCUACCUCCUCCUUGGAACAUUCAUGGAUGCUCGGCCAAUUCAUGAGGAAGAUGAUCCAUAUGCUGAAGCCCCUGCUCAACCUUACUGGCCCUUUUCGGCCUCAGAUUUCUGGCAAUAUGUGGAGCAUUUCCGCAGCAUGGGUGCAUACGACCAGAUUAAUGACCUGGCCCGUACUUUCUAUGCUCACUAUCCCCUGGGAGAUACUUUGGGCCCAAACCAUGAGCAUUAGAAGUAUGGUUAUAGGUAGUAUCAUAGCUUUAGAUACCUGUACAUAAAAAAAGAAUCUGAAAUCUAGAAGAACCAUGAUUAUGGAAUGAAUGGGUGAACCAAGUAUCAUCCUAACUCAAAAUCCAUCAUUAAAUCAUCCAACUGCCUCAAACAGUUCUAAAAAGAAAAAAAAACUAUUUGCACAGUGUAAUGCUUUCCAUUGUUCAUGUAUAUGUAUUGCCACCUCUACCCUCAUGAAUGUUUAUAAUAUUGAAAUAUUAGAUACAAAGCUGUAAAGAAAAAAAAACGCUGUGCAUGUGUUGUAUAGCAAUAAAAACAAUUGCUGAUUGAG